AUACGAGAGAUAUUGAACAGGUUCCAUCUGACGUCUGUUACUGGGUUGUUCUGUCCACUCCCAAAGGAGUGAAUCAUAUUGACAGGUUGAAUUAUAUCUCAAGAGAUAUUUUUCUCCCCUCCUCCAAAGGCCAUUUGCAAUCGCAGCACAUCCACUGCCUCUUAAAAGUGAGCUCAUCUGGCACGGGGUUGCAUUGAAGUCCUCCACCGUGCCUGAAGGAAGAAUGCUUUUGGGUGGUGGGAACGUGGAGAAGAUGUGGUCUGUCCAGCUGUCCCUUGGAGUGCUAACCAUCUUGACCAUGACCGUGUAUGUCCCGUCUACACAUGGAGAGCCUUUUUUACUACAAGAGAACCGAGUCCUUCCGGAGAGAGGCAACACAAAUCAUGAGGACACACUUCUGACUCUGCUCCUUAAUAAGAAACUUGCAUGGCGGAGACCAGAGAAUAUUGACUGGGAGCUGGCAAAGAAAUUUGAAGAGCUUGAACAGCUGGAGAAGUUGAAGGAUCAGCUCUCAACUGAGGAAGGGUCAGAGGUGGCUUAUGCCUUGGAAAGUCUCUCAGCAUCCCAGCCCAAAAAACGCGCUUGUUUUUGGAAAUACUGCAUCUGAAGACUUGCAAGGACUGAAGGCUGAAGACGAGCUCUUCCCCAAACUGCCAUGCUGGGUAUUAAUGUGUUAAGAGUUUAUGCUGUUCUCUCAUCAUGCUGCUAACUUGGAUGCUAUCCUCCACGACUGAACCACAGCCAAGUCCAACAGGGACCAUGUCAGAAGCCAGUAGCCCACUACCACAUUCCACUAUUCCUUCCUUCCAGGUUUAACCUGCCAUGAUCUACUUGGAAGAGGCUCCCAAAAAUUCCCCUGCUGUCCUGUGUGUGCCACUCAGUCUGCUGACACUGUACACUCUGCCCCUUCUCUCCAGGUCCCAUGAGACACCAAACACCAAUUCAGUUCCCCUGCCUUGGGCCUCUGCCCACACCUGCAGGCGUUGCUCAUGGUGGUGUCUGGGUUUCCCAUGGCCUUCUAUGAGCAGCUCUGAGAUGACUCAACAGCUGCUGCUGGGACAGGAAGGCAGGCUGGGUGUAAAGUGAGGGGCUGCCUGCCUUGGCUUGCUGAGCCAGAGCUGUUCCUCGUUGUGUCCUGUCAGUGUACACAGCAGGUUUGGGGUAGGACUGGCACAGAGGUCUGGAUCCUUUGGAUAUCACUCCAAUAAAAAUUUU